UUUCGACUCAUACUGAAGAUAAAUAGGAAAUUAGAUUUAAGAAAAAAAAAGAAAAAAGCAAAAAGGGAAAUGAAUUCCGGUGGUAUUAAAAUAAAAAUUCACGAUAUGUGCCUUAAAAAAGAACGUAUAUUCCAUCAAUAUAUAGUGUUAAAAGGAUAUGUAUGAAAAGAGGAAAAAAAUAAUCUAUAUUAAUAUUGUGUUUGGAAAAACCAGUUUAGAUUUUUUUUUAAAUUAAACAUUUUCAAAAAAAACUUUUACAACAGAGAAUUGCACGUUACUAGUUAAGAAUUCUAUAACAGUUUUAUUCCAGUAGUACAGGAGGAAAAAAUAAUGUAGCCUUAGGGAGAACAUUGGGAUAGGUACGGUCUGACUGUACAGUACGGUCAACCAUAUGCCGAGGGACGAGUUCAGGCUAGAAAUAAUUAUAAGGGAUGCUAUAGGAGUCUGCGAAGGGUGGGGGAGUGAAAAUGGAAGUAGUGGGGCGGUCGUAGCCUACAUAAGGAAGCUUCCUACGAUGGAAGGGUCGCAGUUGGAUGAAAUUUUUCAAGGGUAUCGUAUCUUCUUAAUCCAAAGGUGUUUUUACAGAUUCGUAUCUUUCGAGCUCGCGAUCUCGUUAGAAAUAUACCGAGUGUGAGAUUAAACAAAUUUGUCUCAACAUGGGAAACGUUUCGUGGCUGAUAAUUCUAAGUUUGUGCGCGAGUCUCGUUGAUUGUCUGGACCUUGGUCCGGUCGUUAGGAUCGCACAGUGUAGAUCACAGUGUCUUAGAAGAUAUAGCACCGAUGGAACGUGCGAUUGGUUCUCCAGUCGACCGGAAACCGUUUGCAGCGAGUGCUGGCAAAAUUGCGAGGCCGUGGAAAAACGAUGGGAGGAAACUAGUAAAACUAUUUGCGAAGGCGAUCGCUAUGCUCAAUGUCCAGCUUGCCAGACAGCAUGUACCUACCGAAAAACGAGAAUAGCAGAAAAGUAUAUGCCCUCGAUGUUACCGGCACCAAGGAAGGGUCCGGUAAACUUGGACAAUUUCGACGUGGCCAUAGUUAUGCGAAAGGUACAUAAACAAUGGAAAGACACGGGUUAUUACCCAGGGGGUAGAGUACCGAAUCUCCGACCGGACACUUGGAUCAUCGUUGUCACGGAACAAGGUAUGAAGCAAUACAGUUGGCAAGAGUGGGUGCCCACUUUGGAGAGUUUGAAGGAAGGAUUGUUAUACGAGGCUACUGUGUCGUGGAGAGACGUAUCGACUCAGCUGAGAAGGCAACAGGAUCUUGAACAAAAGAGAUUCAACGACAGAGUAAGACAGUUCUUCCUUGAAAAAUACGGUGAGAAAGUUUUAACAGAAUGGAGGAGCCAAGAGGAUUCACAAAUUUCCGAAGAAGUGUUUAGAAGAUUUUUCUUCAGAAGGAAGGACGAACGUAACGACGAAGUUCUCGAUACCGAUGGUAGUCCAUCGACCAAUGGCAACUCUUUCGAAGAUUUAGCCGUCGAGAAAGACGAGUCCUCGAAGAAAAAGGAAUCGUAUAUAGUAUCCUGGGAACCGGAAACUGGAGGUCUCAUCGGUAACCAAGUAACGGAUUCUAACUCGGUUCAAAUCUCCCUUUUUCCUGGCACUAAGUAUCUCGUUAGGAUAGCAUCGAACGAGGGUCCCGGUAGUUUCCCUAUCGAGGUUGAUACCAGGCCAGGUUCCAUCCAAGUCAAACGAGUGAAGAGAAAUUUCCAAGAUUUCUAUCCCUGGGACGUCUACGCUGCCUGUAUCGCCGCCGCGAUCAUAAUCUUCGCUAUCGCCGUCGUAAAGUUCUUAAGAAGGAAGAAGAAGGUGAACGUCGAGGACGUUUAAGUGUAAUAAUUUUGUCAUUGCUCAGGGUUUGAUCGGGCCCAAUUGAUUAUUCUCGCCGACGAGACAAUAACGUACUUGAGAUAUUCAAGUGUCGUGUGUCUUGUCGUUAGCGAACAAGUAGAUCAUACGAUAGACCGCAGUGAACGUACAAAUAUCACACUCAGGAAAUUUAGAAUAGAGAAACGAGAUAUUUUUUUACGUCGCAGAUUAUAAUAGAUAAUGAAUUGAAGCUUGCAACGAACAGACUGUAUAAAAGAGUUCCUAUGACGUAGAGAUCUGGCACUCGUCGUCAGUGCAUCAAGUUGUGUAUUUAUUUGUACAUAAUCAAUAGAAUUAUCGUGUAAAUAAUUUUAGAAAUAUAAAAACUUGGACUGUAUGUUUAAAAUUUUAGCGAUGUAAGAAAUUAUUAUAUGAGAAAUUUGUAAUUAUCUUUAUUUAUAAAAGAUAUAAACGAAAAAAUACAUGUAAUUAUAUCGGAA